CAGGUGCCCACAUUCACAACUCUCUCACCAUCAAGGCCAGAAGGACCUCAGGGACUCGACCAUCGAUAUACUUUUGGUAUCAUUUAUAGUGAUAUAACUGAGGAUUAUUAUACAAGUGGUUUAUACUGAAGGAGAAAUAAGAGUAAUGGCUCCGAUCCAGCAGACCAACACAUCCUCGUGUCACGACACCGUCGAGAGCACCUCCACCCGGGUACACAGCGGCAAGCCUAGCGACAUGCACAGUCACAUCACCAGCGGCAGAAGACAGCGCGAGCUUGGCGUGUCCCAGCCUGGCGUGUCCCAGCCAGAGUCAGCAGGUGUCCGGGAAGCCUUGCUGUUACCCAUUACCUGCCGGGGACACUUCUACGACGAUACAUUCUUCAGCGAGGCGCGUCAACACUUCGACACCGCCGUCAGAGAUGUACUCGACCGCUUGGGUCAAAGGUCGGCUCUAGACGAUGACCUCACGUCCUACAGAAGACUUCGCCAGUCAAACCUCACAGAGGCCAGCCAGGCUGUUAGCGUCACCGAAGACGACAAACACCAUCAGGUGGUGCUUGACGUGCGAGACUUCCUGAGUGGAGACGUGAAGGUGAAGAUGAUUGAUGAGAAUGAGUUGGUGGUGGAGGGCAGCGUGGAGCAGCGGAAGGAAGGCUCCGUCUCCAAGAAGAGUUUCCGGCGGCUGUUCUCCUUCCCUGGUCUGGUGAGGCCAGAGGCCGUGACCUCCACCAUGUCCUCCGACGGUGUCCUCACAGUCACUGUGCCCAAGAAGGAACAUCUGCCACACACAACACAAGUUGACGUCAACAGGACAGACAGAACAGCCAACUCCUCCACAGUUAAUGGAACUCAGGAACAACACUUAAAUAAAUCCGUCAAUCAUCUACAUAAGAAAAUGAGCAGUGAAUCGACGAGGACGACACAACUUAAAGAACACAAAAGUAAUAACUCAAAACUAUUUAAUAAUAAUAGCGAAGCCACCAAAAUAUCCACAAACAGCCAGACGCCGACCAACACCUCCGCUACAGGAAGAUCCUCGCCAGACCAAACGUCAGACUUCCUGUUACCAAUAUCUCACAGAGGCCUCUUCUUCCACGACUCCUUCUUCACAGAAGCUCGCCAGGACUUUGAGGCGGCGGUAAAGAGGAUUGUGGACUCCUGGGAAGAAGCUCCUGCGAGCGACCACAUGACCAGUUACAGACGUCUGCGAGAACGUGACCUGAAGGAGGAGAACCAGGCAGUUUCCGUCACCGAGAACCAUCAGUCACACAAGGUGGUGCUUGACGUGCGAGACUUCCUGAGUGGAGACGUGAAGGUGAAGAUGGUUGAUGAGAAUGAGUUGGUGGUGGAGGGCAGCGUUGAGCAGCGGAAGGAAGGCUCCGUCUCCAAGAAGAGUUUCCGAAGGCUGUUCUCCUUCCCUGGUCUGGUGAGGCCAGAGGCCGUGACCUCCACCAUGUCCUCCGACGGUGUCCUCACAGUCACUGUGCCCAAGAAGGAAUCCCUUACACGUAUGCAAGAGGUUAACGUCAGUAAGAUCAACAACACUGUCGACUCCACCCGAUCCACAGAAACAAAAAGAGCGAAAGUCAAUAAUUUCACUAGCAGUCCGCAUCAUGGUGCCAAUUCUGAAUUGUCCAAGGAGUCGAAACCAAUUGAAAAAAAGGAAUAUAAACCUAAAAAGUCUGUUCAGUUUAAUGCUGACACGAAUGCUACCACUUCAACAAGCAACCAGACGCCGACCAACACCUCCACUUCAGGAAGAUCCUCGCCAGACCAAACGUCAGACUUCCUGUUACCAAUAUCUCACAGAGGCCUCUUCUUCCACGACUCCUUCUUCACAGAAGCUCACCAGGACUUUGAGGCGGCGGUAAAGAGGAUUGUGGACUCCUGGGAAGAUGCUCCUGCGAGCGACCACAUGACCAGUUACAGACGUCUGCGAGAACGUGACCUGAAGGAGGAGAACCAGGCAGUUUCCGUCACCGAGAACCAUCAGUCACACAAGGUGGUGCUUGACGUGCGAGACUUCCUGAGUGGAGACGUGAAGGUGAAGAUGGUUGAUGAGAACGAGUUGGUGGUGGAGGGCAGCGUGGAGCAGCGGAAGGAAGGCUCCGUCUCCAAGAAGAGUUUCCGGCGGCUGUUCUCCUUCCCUGGUCUGGUGAGGCCAGAGGCAGUGACCUCCACCAUGUCCUCCGACGGUGUCCUCACAGUCACUGUGCCCAAGAAGGAACAUCUGCCACAGUCAACACAAGUUGAUGUCAACAGGACAGACAACUCCUCCACAGUUCAUGGAACUCAGGAACAAAGCGUAAAUAAAUCCGUCAAUCAUCUACAUAAGAAAAUGAGCAGUGAAUCGACAAGGACGACACAACUUAAGGAACACAAAAGUAAUAACUCAAAACUAUUUAAUAAUAAUAGUGAAGCCACAAAAGUAUCCACAAACAGCCAGACGCCGACCAACACCUCCGCUACAGGAAGAUCCUCGCCAGACCAAACGUCAGACUUCCUGUUACCAAUAUCUCACAGAGGCCUCUUCUUCCACGACUCCUUCUUCACAGAAACUCACCAGGACUUUGAGGCGGCGGUAAAGAGGAUUGUGGACUACUGGGAAGAAGCUCCUGCGAGCGACCACAUGACCAGUUACAGACGUCUGCGAGAACGUGACCUGAAGGAGGAGAACCAGGCAGUUUCCGUCACCGAGAACCAUCAGUCACACAAGGUGGUGCUUGACGUGCGAGACUUCCUGAGUGGAGACGUGAAGGUGAAGAUGGUUGAUGAGAACGAGUUGGUGGUGGAGGGCAGCGUGGAGCAGCGGAAGGAAGGCUCCGUCUCCAAGAAGAGAUUCCGGCGGCUGUUCUCCUUCCCUGGUCUGGUGAGGCCAGAGGCCGUGACCUCCACCAUGUCCUCCGACGGUGUCCUCACAGUCACUGUGCCUAAAAAGGAACAUUCUGAAACAACAAUAGUAAGCCAUGAUAGUGCGGACGCCAGCAAGAUUAACGUGAAACAGGAGGUGAAAAACCUAUCAUCAAACGUAAGAAACUCAAAACUUUCGAAGCUAACCUCAGCCGAGGCAAGACGAAGUUCUCUCGAUGGACAUUCGAAUGUUGAGGCCCAGAAAACUACCACAAAGUCUUCAACCAGCAGAAGACUCUUCAAUGCGUCUUCUGAGUCUAAAACGUUAGACUCGAGCCGCCAAGAAACGGCCACGAAUAACUUCCCGGUGAAUGCAUACCCUUGGGGGAUGGAGUCAGAGCUGCCAGUAUACCAGAAGGGGCCUUUCCUCCACGACUCCUUCUUCCAAGAUGCUCGCGAGAACUUUCAAGCUGCGGUAAAGGAGAUUCUGACCAAGUUUACAGACCUGAAGACUGACACUGACGACCUGUGCUUCUACAGGAGUCUGCGAGAGUGCCACCUGAGUGACGACAACCAGGCACUUAAGGUCACCGAGACACCACACACUUACCAGGUGGUGAUUGACGUGCGUGACUUCAUGAGCGGAGAUGUCAAGGUGAAAGCAGUAGGCCAGGACGAGGUGGUGGUUGAAGGCCGCGUGGAGAAGACAGAAGGAAACUUCCAGUCCACCAAGAACUUCAGCCGUCGCUUCAAUCUUCCCGGCAUGGACUUGGAGGCUAUCACCUCUGCGGUGUCGUCUGACGGCGUCCUCACUAUCAAGGCGUCCAAAAGCUCUAGGGACGCCAGAGUGAAGACGACGUCCCAAGCCGAGAGGACGUUCCAUCACGCAGGCGCUAGCGAGAACAGCAGCAGCAGCAGCAGCAUCCAAGAGGAAAGUUGUCACGAGAAGAAAGAGGAAAGAGCCGGUCUCACGUCUCACACCUUCACUAAGACGUCAUCUCAUCAAAGCUACACCAGCCAGAUGUAAACAUACACCUGGAACCUUAAAAGUUCAUUAUGAACUGCACUGCCAAAGAUAUUUUCCAGCCGCUGAUGCCAAAAUUCCACAUUUAUAUAUUAUACUGUUUUGUUUCGUAUGCAAAUUCUUUAUAUUUUCGAAAAUAAAUUUGAAAUAAAAAUGAUUAAAAACA